AUGGCGCCCGCGCGGGACGGCGGCGCGGCCGCGUCCACGGCGUCGAACGGCGCGUUCUGGCGCGAGGCCAUCUCCGGCGCGACCGCGGGGAUGGUCACCACGCUCGCGCUGCAGCCGCUGGACGUCGUCAAGACGCGACUGCAAGGCGCGCGCGCCGCCUCCUCCGCCUCCGCCUCUUCCGACGUCAUCCUUCCGCCCGCCCCGCGCGCGCGCUCACGCCCUCCUCCCCCCCGCCCUCUCCCCGUCCGCAGCACGAUCCACGCGUUCAAGAGCAUCGUCCGCGCGGAGGGCGCGCGCGGUCUCUACGCCGGGCUCUCCCCCGCCGUGAUCGGCAACACGGUCGCGUGGAGCGUGUACUUUCACUUUUACGGCGCGGCCAAGGCGCGGUGGCGGCGGCGAUACGACGACGCGACGGAGUUACCCUCCCACGCGCACUUGGCCGCCGCCGCGGAGGCGGGGCUCGUCGUGAGUUUGAUCACGAACCCGAUCUGGGUCGUGAAGACGCGGAUGACGCUGCAGCGGCGCGUCGCCGCGGACGCCAUUCCCGCCGCGGCGGCAGCGGCGGGCGCUGGGAACGGCGCGAAGCCGUACGCCGGGUUCGUCGACGCGCUGCGCACGAUCGCGCGCGCGGAGGGCAUCGGCGGGCUGUACAAGGGGAUCACGCCGUCACUGGUCUUAGUCUCGCACGGCGCGCUGCAGUUCACGGCGUACGAGCGGCUGAAACUCGCGGCGACGCGACGCGACGCGAGCGGGAGCGGGAACGCGACGCGCGAGCCGAGCGCGCUGGAGUGCGCGUGGCUCGGCGUCGCGUCGAAGAUCUUCGCGAGCGCGAUCACGUACCCGUCGCAGGUCGUGCGGUCGCGGAUGCAGCAGAGGGGCGCGGGCGGGGUCGAAUCGGUGGGCGGCGUGGGCGGCGGCGGCGGCGGCGGCGGCGGCGGCGGCGAGGCGACCCCUCGCGCGUACGACGGGUUUUUCCAGUCCCUGCGGCGCAUCCUUCGCCGCGAGGGCGUCUUCGGUCUGUACAAGGGGAUGGUCCCGAACGUGCUGAGGACGCUGCCGUCGAGCGGGAUGACGUUCUUGGUGUACGAGAGCACGAAGUCGUUGCUCUCGCAGUGA